UUUAGGCGAUGCACCGUGCAUACAUGUGUAUUAGAGCCAGUAGAAUGUCAUGAGUUUGUUAAGAAAUAGUAAUUAUUAAUAAAACAUUCUUUAGGGGAAUACAGUACCGAUAAUACACUGCUGUAGUCUUUAUGUUGUAGGGGACACAAAUGAUUAGACACUAGUAAAAUGGAUGUGACAUUGUAACUAUAGGUUAUAUAGAUGUCAGGUUAAAGAAAAUGUUGCUUGGAGUAAGUUUCGGGAUCAUUCGUGGGUGUAUGAGACACUGCAGGUGUUCAGCUCCAGCACUGAGAGGACAAUGGACAAGGAAUUACAGUUUCCUUCAAGAUGAUGUUAAGUCGCCUCGAGCCGUGGUCAGCCCCGACAUCUCAAAAAUCCGUAACAUUGGCAUUAUGGCCCACAUAGACGCAGGGAAGACAACCACCACGGAGAGGAUGCUCUAUUAUUCUGGGUACACACGUGCUCUUGGAGACGUAGAUGAUGGCGACACUGUGACUGAUUAUAUGGCUCAGGAGAGAGAGCGUGGAAUUACGAUCCAAUCAGCUGCAGUCACCUUCGAUUGGAAAGAGCACAGGAUUAACCUCAUCGACACACCAGGCCAUGUUGAUUUUACCCUGGAAGUUGAGAGAGCUCUGCGUGUGUUGGACGGAGCCGUGGCUGUGUUCGAUGCCUCGGCAGGAGUGGAGGCACAAACCUUGACUGUAUGGCGACAGGCAGAGAAACACAAUAUACCCUGUGUGUGCUUCCUAAACAAGAUGGAUAAACCUGGAGCAAGUAUGAGUUACUCUGUAGAAAGCAUCAAGACAAAACUGAAGGCCAACCCCAUACUUCUUCAAAUUCCCAUCGGCUCUGGAAAGGGAUUUAUCGGAGUGGUGGACUUGGUCAGCAAGCAGCAUAUGAUGUGGCGGGGGAAGACAUGGCACGAGGAUGGGCGGGCUUUCGAGACGAGAGCCCUCCAACCCACAGAUGACCCAGAAUUCCUGGAAGAAGUUAAUCAAGCCAGAGCAACACUUAUAGAACAGGUUGCCGAGUUGGAUGACGAAUUUGCCGAGCUGCUUCUGGGAGAAUAUGGUGACAACUUUGACUCUAUGCCUGCUGGGAAAUUGCAGGAGGCGAUCAGGAGAGUGACACUGUCUCGUAAAGGAGUGCCUGUACUGUGUGGAAGUUCACUGAAGAAUAAAGGAGUUCAGCCUCUACUAGACGCCAUCACUACAUACCUCCCUGCACCUGAUGAAAGGAACCACGACCUGGUACGCUGGUAUAAGGACGACCUGUGCGCUCUAGCGUUUAAAGUGGUCCAUGACAAGCAAAGAGGUCCUCUGGUUUUCCUGAGGAUCUACUCUGGAUCUAUGAAACCACAGUCAGCAGUGUACAACAUCAACCGAAACGGAACAGAGCGAAUGAGUCGUCUACUGCUGCCGUUUGCAGAUCAACACGUUGAGAUCCCCUCGCUGUCUGCGGGAAACAUCGCCCUCACUGUGGGUCUUAAACAGACGGUGACAGGAGACACCAUUGUCUCGUCCAAAGCCUCAGCCGCAGCCGCAGCGCGCCGGGCAAAUAACAAGACGGAGGGAAAAAAAGGAUCCGGACAAGAGAUGAACAGUCUGGUACUGGCUGGGGUUGAGGUGCCUGAUCCUGUCUUCUUCUGCUCUAUAGAGCCUCCUUCCAUGGCCAAACAAGCAGAUCUUGAGCAUGCUCUGAAAUGCCUCCAGAGAGAAGACCCCAGUCUGAAAGUCAGGACAGACCCGGACUCUGGACAGACAGUUCUCUGUGGUAUGGGAGAACUUCACAUUGAGAUUCUGCAUGAUCGCAUUAGGAGAGAGUACAACCUUGAAACGCACUUGGGGCCGCUACAGGUUGCCUACAGAGAGACCAUCAUGCAGUCAGUAACCACAACAGACACACUGGAUCGCACACUGGGUGACAAGAGGCAUGUUGUGACUGUAGAGCUGACGGUGAAUCCAUGGGAAGCGUCUGCUCCAGGCUGGACUGCUUGUCACCUGACUUAUGAGGAGGAAGUUGAAGCACAGAUUUCUGCUGACAUAAAAGAGGCGGUGGACAGUGGGGUUCAGAGUGCUUAUCUCCAGGGUCCAGUUCUGGGUUACCCUGUGCAGGAGGUUCUCACUGUAAUCCACAGUGUGUGCGUGGAACCUGGAACCUCUCUGGCCAUGGUGUCUGCCUGUGUGUCUCGCUGCAUGCUUAAGGGGCUCAAACAAGCAGGGGGACAAGUCUUAGAGCCUGUGAUGUCAUUAGAGGUGACAGUGGAUGAGGAGUAUCUGAGCUCUGUUCUGGGUGACCUCGCGCAGCGCCGAGGGACAGUCCGAGACAUCCAGAGCCGCCAUGACUGCAAGGUACUUUUGGCCACUGUCCCCCUCGCAGAGAUGAUGGGCUAUUCCACUGCACUGCGCACUUUGACCUCGGGUAACGCUACCUUCUCCCUGGAGCUGGCCAGCUACGAACCCAUGAGCCGUCAGGACCAGAACGCAUUACUCAACAAGAUGGCUGGCCUCUCAUGAUAUCCCUUUCCUUCUCUUGCAGAUGAUGUUUUAAAUAUUUUUUAUUUUCUUUAUUGCACAAAUUCCUUUUUUAUUUAUUUUCUUUGGUUCAACCCAUACUGUAUAUGUUCCACUUGUUUACCUGUUGUACAUGAAUAAUGUCAAAUAUAAAACAGUGCACAUUAAAAUCUUUGAAAGUCUCAA